AUGGGGAUUGGCAUGAUACAAUGUGCACCCAUUGAGGUGACAACAUCAACGGAGGACUUUCCAGAAAUUACCACCAUACUACCAAACCUUAGUGAGGAAACUACCCUAGGGACCCUCAACAAAACCCAAGCUGAAGCUAUUCCGAAUUCCGAAGAAGCGGAACUAAGUUCCCCCAUAGACUUAAGGGCCGGUGGUGGCAUAGAAAAUUAUGCCAAAACUUCAUAUUUUAUCCCUGUCGAAGUGAGAUUUGAUGAAAUUGCAAAUACCCAAAGUUCUGCGGAUAAAUCCCGAAUUUCUGGGGAAGGAUCGCACUCCCAGGAAAAUACCACAAAUGAAAUUCCAUCACCAGAAAAUACCUCAGAGGACAUAACAGAGCCCCAGGAUGCCGAAAAAAUUAAUUCCCAAAAUCAAAAUGAAAAUUCCCCAAAAAUCCCCACAUUCAUUUCGAAUGAAAAUCAUGAACGGAAUGUAAAAUCCAUCACAAUUGAAGGUGAAAAUGAUGAAAAACUAAUUUUAAAUGAUUCCCAAAAUGAAAAUCAAAAUUCCCAAUUUGUCCCCGGAAAUCCCCAAAUUUUAUCGGGGCAAAAUGUUGAUGAUAUUCAAACAAUUAGUGAGGUUCCAGUUAUUUUUAAUAUCCCCGAAAGUGUUACCGAGCCAUUCAAGGGCGAAAAUCGUGAUUCCCAACAAGGAAAUGAAAAUCCCCACAAUUCCAAUGAAAAUCCCCAAAUUCCCGAGGACCACAAAGAAGUCGAUAUAAACACAACAACAAGUGAAAUUCCAUCAAUUGCCACCGAAAGUAUUACAGCAGAUUCACUACAAAUUGAAAAUAAAAUAAAUUUCUCCAUUGUAAGUGAAAGUGAAAAUGUGGCUAAAGAAGAUGUUAGCGCUUCCCAGGAAGAAAAUGAAAAAUCCCCUAAAAAUGCGCAAAAUAAGGGAAGUGAAGAAAAUCUAAAUUUAAGUGAAGAAAUUUCAAAAUCCACUACAGAAUCAAUUAACAGCGAUACUACCACUAAUUUCAUCAAUGAAAAUCAAUCCCAAAUUGUAACUGAAAAAAUCCUCGAAAAUCCCCAAAAUAUGAAAAAAAAUCCCGAAAUUAACGAAACCACCAUGGCAACUCUAAAUGUUUCCCCAGAAACUGAAAACCCCCCAGAAGAAUUACUAAAGGCAGUUGAAAGUAACAAUCCCCAGGAAUAUCAAAUCAUUCCCCAGGAAACUUCAAACAAUCCCGUAACUGUUGAAAAUGUACCAGAGUUGCCACAUGAAUCCAUAGAGAAAACAACUGAAAACCAAUCAACAGUAACAGAAACUUCAGAAAAGGUUACUGAGGGCAUUACAGAAUCCAGUAAUUCCGAAUCUGAAACAUCUUCCGAAAAUCCCCAAAAAUCCCCUAAAACGAUUUUGACAACCAGUGAAGCCACUGUUAAGGAAAUUUCCAUGGAAACGGCAAGAAAUACUGGUGUAAAUAUUUUAUCCACAAAUGCUGAAAUUCCCGAUCAAAUGGCCGUGGAAUCGCAAAAUGGAGAAACUUCCCCAGUAACCCAUACAAUUUCAGAAAAUCAUGUGGCAACCUCAACAAUUGCGACAAGUAAUUCCUACAUCGAGGAAAACGCAACAGUAACUCAAGAUUUGGAAACAACUACGGAAAAUAAUCAGAAUACCUCAGAUUCCCAAAUUCCAACAGAAAAUUCCCAAAAAUUCCCAAUUUUGAAUGAAAAUAUCCCCACCGAAGAAAAUAGCACCAAAUUGGAAAAUUCUUCCCAAAAAUUAAUGGAAACAUCAUCGGAAAUAAAUUUCGCCGAACCAACCACGGAAAAUAUGGAAUCCCUUAUUAUGUCCGAAAAUCCCCAAUUUUCCCCGGUAACUGAAAAUAUCCCCACAGAAGAAAAUACCACCAAAUCUGAAAGUUCUUCAGAAAAAUCAAUGGAAACUUCAUCAGAAUUAAAUACCGCCGAACAAACCACCGAAAAUAUGGCAUUCCCAGUGAUUUUCGAAAAUUCCCAAAUUUCCCCAGUAACAGAAAAUGUCAGUGAAGGAUUGAUUUCAAACAAAUCGCCCAGUGAAAUUGUCACUGAAACUCAACAAAAUGACAAUUCCCAAUUGCUUGUAGAAAAUCCCCAAAUUGUUCCAGUGUUGCCAUAUAAUCAGUCCGAUAAAAUAUAUGUGCAAGUUAUUCAAGAUCCUAUAAUUACAGAAACUCAACAACCCUCGGAAGUUAACUCUGAAAUUCCAUCAACUUCCCCAGAAGUGCCCACAAUUCCCGUUGAUAUGGUAAUUUUAACUGAAACCAGCCCUAAAAUCGAAGCUGUUGAACAAACUACCAAAAAUAUUAACUUCAAUGCCCAAUUGCCUACGGAGGAUUCUCAAAAUGCAGGAGUCUAUAUGCUAAUGGAAAUGUUUGUCCCAGAGACAGUACAAGAAACUCCCAAAGAUCCUCAAGAAACUCCAGAAACAACAACCCAAUUUUCAGAACUUUAUCACAGCAGAGAAGGCAAAAGUUUAGAAAUCACUUCCAGCGAAAAUAAAGAAAGCGUGGAAUCGACCCCAGCAGCUCUGGAAGAAAAUGUUGGUGAAGAAUCCAUGACAGCAACUCAGGUAGCAGAUAGAGAAGAUUCUGAGACAACCUAUGAAAAUCCUGGUUUUAUAAAAUUAAAUGAUCAUUCGGAUAUAAUGGACGAUAGAAGCUUCCCCACAACAACUUUGGAAACAGGUGCUACAGAAAUUCCACAAGCAUCCGGGGAAAAUCAAACAAAUGGGGAAACAAAUGUAACCAAUGCACCUUCAAUUUUGAGUGAAGAUCAAUCCGAAUCUACAGCAAAAUUAGAAGAAGUUGCAUUGAUGAGUGAGGAACAAACUACCUCAACAAAAGCAGCAGCUACAACAACUACCACAGAAUCGACUAUGAAAUUCGAAGAAACCACUUUGUCAAAUCUGGAAGUCAAAGACCAAGAAAUGUCCACUUCAAUGCCAGAAUCAGCAACAACCACAUCAAUGCCAUAUGUAAUGACAAAUGGCAACACUGAACGCAGCAGUACGGAGAAAAUGAACGAUGAGCCCUCGGCCACAACAAUAAAUCAAUUCGCUUCCCUUUUGGCCGAAACUGAAAUGAAUGUCCACAAAGCAUUUGAAACACUACGCGAAUAUAUUUCUCAUGGUCCAAUCACUAAAGAUGAUUCUACAAUGAAGGCGAUGGAGGAAUCGACAAAUGGUGAACUUGAAAAUUCAACAAAUAUGCCAGUCUCAGGUGCGAAAAACGAGGAUGAUAUGGACAUUCCCAAUACAACAACGAAUUCUCCUGUGACCGAAGAUAUUCAAAUGGCCACCGAGGAAAGUUCAGGUGCUAUGGACAUAAAAGAGCAAUCGACGGAGUCUACGGCAGUUACAGACAGUAUGGCCACAACAACAGAACAAGGUGUGGCAGAAACAACAAUUGUUCCAACCCUUGCACGAGUCCAAUUAGAAAAGGAUUUGACUAGCAUCAACUUGACAUAUCUCGAUGACUCCAGCGAGGAAGAAAUGGAAAAUGACCGAAGCAAAGAACAUCAGGUAUCACAAGGCAACUCCCAAGAAAAAUCACAAGAAAACCAAACACCCACUACCACCGAAACGAAUGACUUUGAAACGGCAACGGGAAUAACCGAAAUGGUUAAAUUCAUCAAACAUGAAACCGAGUCGACGACAACAGCAUCGGAGGAAGUCAAAACUAUGUUGCCACAAACACAAGCCACAUUUAUGCAGGAACAAGAGCAACAAAUUGAAACCACAACAGUUAAAGAAAUGAAUUCAUCAAGUACCGCCAAUGUUGGAGAAAAAGAAGAGGAAGAACAAUCAACUGAAACAGCGACAGAAAUGUCUUCAAAUUCCACAGAGAAAAAUGACGAUUCCACUGAAACAUCUCAUAGUGUUUUGACAACUACGGCAACACCUUCAUCUGAAGCGAGUAGCACAGUCUCCAGUGUUAUUACAACAACAUAUAAAUCUGAAACAAGAACAGAUUUACCAGAAACAACAACCACAAUGGUACCUGAAACAACAACAUAUCUUCCAGAGACAACAACGACGUUGACAGAUAUCAGCGAAGAAACAACAACAUUUAGCCCUGAAGAAUUAACAACAACAGUGACCGAGGAACCGGAAAUUGAAACCACAACCCUGUUGACAACAGUGGCACCCGAACCUCGUUCACUGCCCCCACCAAAAUUAGAAUAUUUACAAAGUGAAGAUGGUGUAGAGGUCUUCUAUGGCUAUUCAAUAGUUAAGCAUAAUUAA